AUGGCAGAAUCCUUCAACUCCACUCCUUCGGAACAAGUUGUUCGUCAGGUUGCAACCAUCAUCGGUGUUGACGAUGCAAUUGUCGACAAUGUCUGCAAACGGAUGGAAGAGGAAUUUAUUCUACAAGAGUGGCAAAUGUCGGCUCUUGAUGCUAGCGAAUGGAAGGCUUUAGAGGCUCCUAUUGGACUCGCAGCUGCCAUUCGAAAGCUUGCAUCGGUCGAAGAUCGGAAUGAUGCAUGGCGAACGAAUAAGUCCGGUUCUGCACCAAGUGUGAUUGCUUCAAGAUCACCGUACGCCCAAAGACUCACCGAUGCUACGAAAGGAUCAUUUGCCAAUAGAAGCGGCCAUAAAGAUCCAAAAUCUGCUGAAAUGUUCAUUAAGACAAUCCACGAAGAAAAGGAAAAGCAAGGAGGAAGCGAUGAUGACGAUGCUUCUCAGAUUGAUGCUGAAAGUGGUAGGACAAAACCACCACCAACGAAACCACAUUCGCUAUUCAAGUUGCUUUAUAAGAAUCAUCAUGAAGCAUGCAAGGCAUUUCACUCCACAACCUUUCCACUUUCUGAUACAUUCGAUCGGGCCCUCCUGCACAGUAAAUCGGGGGCUGAUUUGAAGGCCCACACUGUAUUCAAAAUGGAAAUCAGCGUAGUGGUGGCAGCUUUGCUCCUCGGCGCGGCAAUUGAACUGUGGGGAAUUUUUCCCCAGGAUGCUGUGGCUCAAAAACAUGAAAUCCCAGAUGGUGGUGAGCCAUACGUGCCCUAUAUAAUGGCUCUCAUUUUCCACACAUUGAGUGGACUCACGAUAUUGACGCAAUUAAUGACCGUAUUCUUGAAUGUUGGCCAGCUUUAUGUCGCAACCGCCAUAAGCGAGAACAAGUUCCCAAAGUUUUUCCAACAAAUUUUAGCUACAACCGCUUGGACAAACGGGUUAUUUCAACUUGGAGUGGUCGCGUUUAUGGUGAAUAUCGGAAUCCUAGUAAUGGGAACCAUCUUGGCAACAACCUCUGACAAGUACACGAUCAUAGUUUGUGGCCUGAUCAUUCCUCUUUUGGUCGUCAUACCUUGCGAAAUGCUCUUUCAUGUACUAUUGACAUACGUCGGUCGCACUGCUUUCAAUGGAUUUCUUCUGGUUUCACACGACAACCCAAACUCGGACGAUAUAUUGAGUUUUGAUCCAACGUCUGCCUCCGUGGCAGAGGGUACACUGUGUCAAAACUACUUUCUAGAUGUUAAUACGAAUGACGAGGAAGUGCUCGAUCGAAUUCAAAGAUUAAGACAACAACAUACCCGCUCUACUUCUACCCGCGGGGUAGAAAGUACGACAAUUCGAAACAGCAGGCUGAUUGUGCCUCUGGCAAACAAGCACAAUAUUGGGCCAGACUAUUUUCCUAAGUUCCAAGGUGUCAAAAAGCCAUCAUAG